GCUUUUCCCUCAUCUCCAAAGGCCUCUAAACUGACAGGGUCUCAUUCUGUCGCCCAGGCUGGAGUGUAGUGGUGUGAUCUCGGCUCACUGCAGCCUCUACCUCCCAGGUUCAAGCGAUCCUCCCGCUUCAGCCUCUGAGUAGCUGGGACCAUAGGGGCCCUGUUCGAUGUCCCCAUCUGCCCACAGCGCCUGUCAUCCCAGCUGCUCCUCUUGUCCUGCCCUUGCUCAGACCACCCGAGCAUCAUCCAUGCUCUGGCCCCUGGCCACCAGGUCCACCCCACAUGCUGUCCUCACAGGUGGUGCCUCGCCAUUCUUGGGAACCAGGGCCUCCUUGUUCUGGUCAUACACAAUGGGGUGUAGAUCGAGCGACAAGUAUAACUGUAAGAAAUGAACUUUAAUGUCUGGAAUAUCAAAGAGAUGCUCAGUAUUCCUUCAGGCUCUGGGAACAAGAAGUUAUCCAACUGGAAUAAUAAUCAAAAUGAUUAUUCCAGUCUCAGUGAUUCCCAGUUCCUCUUUGGAUCUCAGUUCUGUCCAGAAAAUUCAGAAACCCUAUCAGCACCCUUGGACUUCGGUGCCCACUUGAGACAUUCAAAACAGUCACAACAGAAUUCUCUGGAGGGUGAACCUAGCAUUUUCGCAAAGUACCAGACAAAGCCCCAGCUGUUUGGAGGAGAUAUAAAAGAUGGAGGUUUAUUUCCCCCUCCUUUGUCAGCUGGAAAAUCAAAAGGCCUCUUGGAACAGUUUGAGGAGAAAAAGAAAAGGGCAAAAGAUAAAUGUGACAGUGAGACUCUAUACACCUUUGUUUCUAAUGUUAGAGAAAGCAUUCACAGGUUGCAGACGUCUGUGGAAAAGUCUGAGGAACAUCUCAGUUCAAGAAGCCAAUCUAUUUUGGAUUCUUUGGAGACUGUGGCCAAGACAUUACAAGAGACUGUGCAGGCCCAGAAUGAGCUGGUGUUUGAGGCAGUCCAGGACAAAAGCAACAUGGAGCAGGCCAUCCUUGAGAUGAAGAAAAGAUCUGAAGCUAGACAAGCAGAGUUUAUAGAAAUGAAGUCCAACCUGAAGCACCUUGAAGUUUUAGUUGCUCAGCAGAGUCAGGAAUUCCAGCAGCUGUGUGAGCAGCUAGGCCAGCUGAAUGUGCCUAGUGUCCUAGCAGAGCUGAAGAGCUUGAUCUCAGUGCCUCCGGUACCUGGGCAUAUAAAAGACAGCGCUUCUCAAACGUCACCACCUUUGGCCCAGAGCCUCAAUCUCACCGGGCAGGAAAAAUACACCUUUGAGAAGCCAGUUUUAUGGCAGGCCCAGGCCUUCCCUGCUGCAUGGAAUCCUGGUAUGGGUUCCCUACAACCUGGAGAAUUUGGUGUCUGGGGUGAAGGAGCAAAGAAUGAUGCUCUCCAAGAAGAGGCUGCACUGCCAGCAUUUGGGUCCCAUGAAAGAAAUAGGCAUGUAAAGGACAAGGCAGUGCAGACUAACUGCAAGAACUGGGCUGUUAGUAAAACAGGUGCCAAGAACUGUGGUUCCAGCAUCCAAGGCCAUAAGAUUCCUAGUGACAGGGACCUGGUUUCCCAAGGAGCCUCACAGCUCACAUCACUGGAGAUAAACAACUUUUCAACCAGCGUUAAGAAUGCCUGCCAAAAAUAUCAAGCCCAAAGUAUGUUUUUGUGUGACCCAUGUGAACAUUUGGUGACUAAACAGAAAGAUGGGACUGAAGAAAUGCAGGGGAAAGACAAGAAGCAGCAGCCCAGGAAGGCCCACAGGGCCCACAGAGGCAGGUUCCUAGCCAGGAAGCAAAAACAAAUCCCAAACCAGACCUGUAAAUUCAAUUCCAAAUAUCAGAGUCCUCAGCCUGUAAUUUCUGUCCCACAAAGGCCCUUCCUGGGGCAGCAGGAACCCCAUGCUCAGCCUCUGCAUCUGCAAUAUCCCAGGAGCCCCAGAAAACCAGUCUGCCCUAUUCUGGGAGGAACAGUCAUGCCCAAUAAGACAGCAAGGGCAGUGCAGGGAAGACUCUUGCAGUUCAGCAGAUGCUCUUCCCAAGACAACAGGCUACUUUCCAGCAGUUCCCAGGGGGACCACCAGAUGAGCUGGUUCAGUGACCUCAAUCUUGGAUGUUCAGAGACCCCUCUAUGCAAGGAGGCAGGAAAGAAUUUGCUCUAUGACCUGGGUUUUGAUAGCAGUGAUGAUGAUGGCUUCUGACCAGCCCACAGUUAAUUUAUUGGUCUCAGCUAGAAAGACAAAUCACAGGACAUUUGGGCUGGCCAAGAGCAGAAAGUCCCUGAAGCCUGCCAAGUACCCUAGGGUCAGAGGCCCUGCUGAGGUGGGGUCAAUGGGCACGAGGGGAGGGAAGGUCCAGCACGCUGGGUACCAGGCGCUGCCCAUGACAAGGAUUAAGUGCAUCCUUACUUGUUGGAAUGAAAUGUGAAAAUGGUGGUGAUGAGAGCUGAGGCAGCAGCCUGGUGGUGGUGGUGCAUCUGGAGCAGGGUGCCUGUACUUGGCGAAAGGCGGGCAGGCCUCCUUAUGGAAUACUGUGUAGCAGAAGGGCUCUCAUAAAACUUGCUGUGGCAGCAUGACUCCAAACAACAUUUUUGGGUCUUUAAAAUAUUCCCUACACAUAACCAAUACAUUUUCAGGCCUCAGGA